AGCUAUGGUGACCAUUUCCAUUCGCUUUCAGUGUUAUCGGAGCGUCCGUUAUUUGGCGAUUGUCUUUUCUCGAGGCGGCCUGUCGGAUGGGCCUACGGCCUACACCUCCAGUCGUGGCUGGCGGCUUGGUGAGUUGAGUCACGUGGUCAAUAUUCGGCGAGCAAUGCGCGGCGACGUUUUUGCGCCGAAUGCUCGUCGCGCUUUUGACGUCGUUCACCGAUUUUGGACAGUUGUUGAGUUGAAAAAAGCACUGUUGGCUAUUUUGAUGGUAAUGGGUUGCCUCUGGCGCCAAUAAGCAAAGUUUCGUGUUCACGGAUCGCACUGGAGCACCAGGUCACUGCGCAAGAUGCCAUCAUAUCAGCUCUUGCAAUUGUUCCUCAACUAAUGGUGAAUCCAGGAUGCAAGGAGUGCAGUAAAUCCAAUGAGACCUAUUGUCUUGGAAAUGAUGUCAUCUAUGAUCAUUGCUGUUGUGAUAGGAGGUUUCAUGAAAGUAUACCUUAUGUUGAGCACUCGUGCUACAUCGAGACUACCCCUUGCAUACCAAUAGUGCGAGACUGUGGAGAAUACAUGAAAAUGAUGAGCUGCUGUUGUCAUCGGCUUUUAGGGACUAAAUGGAAAAACAUAUCAAUGGCUUUAGCUGGAGAGAGUAAACUUGGUUCAUCUUCAAAUGUACUACUAGUGUCAACUACAUUCGUUUUUAGUAUACAAAGAGGUAUUCUAUAGGUUCAAGUUUAGACCAAAUACGAAAAUCUGUGAUUUUAACUGUGAUUCCAGGACUUGAGCUGAUAGGAAUAUGAGCGAUACUUGAUGACGAUUGUGUUCUUUAGUUGUAGACUAUUAUUAUGUUCCUCUUGAUUGAUAUACAGUAGGCCUACGGUACCGGUGUUCACAAAUAAAACUCUUCUACCUUAUUUUUGAAAACGGUGUAUUAGAAAUGAUAAAUAAACGAUAUUGUAUUAUUUAUCAAAUAUUUUAAUAAUUAUCAAUCUAAAGGGAAUCAUUGUCACUAGGAGGUUUUCACAUAUUGGAAAAAAGUGAUCGAAAAUUCAACCAUUUAGACGAAACUUUUCCAUUUCCUGUUACUCGGAAAAACAAAUAAUAUUCAUAUUUAUAAUAUGAUUCAGCAUUUGUUAAGUCAUUCGUUUGAUAAUUUGAAUUUUUUUUUUUUUAAAUAGUGUUUUAGAAGUGUUAUUUGUUGUGGAGUCGAAUAAAUUAUUUAAUUCCAUUAUAAAUAAGUUGUAUCAGAAAAAGGAAACUUUGCAUCACUACAUAAAUUAAUAAUGAUAAUAAUCGUAUAGCUUUUAUUAAUGGGGUUCCCUGAUGGAAGUUCCACUUUGCCUGAAUAGAUAAUUUGAGCCGUCAAUGGGUUUUACCAAUAAUAAAACUAUAUUAAAAUUUUGAUUAAACUAGAAUAGCAUGGUAAACAUUUCCACUAGAAUGACUUCAGUGCAUUCUUGAAGAUUCAUGUAAAUGUAACUAGAGUUAAUAAUAUAUUGUUUAUUGACAAUGAACGUCAUAGAUACUUCAUCUUUUUUAAUUAUAGAGCGCAUUGAAGCUUGAGGGUUACACUCUUGAAGUUUCUUGAUAAGGUAUUCAAUAUACAUUAACCAAUGAAUUUAAAAUUACUAAUUACCACACUACUUUUAUUCUGUAAAGUGAAUGAAUAAAGACAUUGUACAUCUAUUUUUCAAUUUCUGAUAAAAUAUAUUGAUUUUUCAACAAAUGGAUCUACAUUUUUGCGGCCUCCAUAAUAAUAUGUAGAAAUUCCGUUUCUAUACAUCAGCAUGCAAGCAAGAACAAGAACUAAAGAUGGUUCAGUUACGAGAGAAACCUCGGUUCGCAUACAGCCGCCGCUGCAUUUUCUCAUGACUGAACCAUCUAUAGAGUAAUGUUCAAAUUUGACAGAACAAACCAGCUGUUUUUUUUCAAUUUUUCUACAACAUAAAUGAGCUUAUUGGUGAUGUUUAAAUAGAUUUCAAUCGGUGAUGCUUGAUUUAUUUUUAUUCAAAAACAUAAUUUACAAUAACUACGUUGCUUCAAGUCGAUGGAUUACUUUGCUAGAUUUCAUCAAGCGUCUAGUUCUACUGGAUCCUAGGAUAGCUGAGAGUUGAGGCACAUCAAACUGGUUGAAAAUUGUAGUAACCGAAACAUUUGAUUCGCCGUCAUCGUGAAUCAAGUUGCAAAGUUCACUGUAGAAGUUGGGGAACGAGGGAGGCUGGAAGAAAACAAUGUGCCUGAUGCCUUUCACGCGUAUUCUGCGGUAGAAAUGGAACCGUUCACUGUACAGCAAAAAGUGCGAUUCGCCGUGGAAAAACUUGUCUCUAGCGCGGGCAAUUUUCGAAUCUUUCGAGUACUCACAGAUCUGCACAAAGCUUAUCAGCUCUUUCUUGAAAUAGUUGCGGAUGAGAACAAAAUCCAAGUAGGACGGAAUGUAGAUCAUGCAGUGCUUCAUGAAUGGAUCCCUCAUUUGUGGCAAUAUUUCGUCGAUGAAGUAUUUCAGGCGCCUGUCAAUUGCUGUCACGGCCGAACUGCAAUCGAUUUUGCAAAACACCUGCAAGAAAAGUAAUAAAUUGACUAAAUGAAUCUAAAUUAAAUUGCAAUUAAUAAUUUAUAGUUCACGAAAAAAGUUGUUUUUGUUACAUUAUUUAUUUAUAUAAUAAUAAUAAUAAAACUUAAAAAUGAAAAA